GAUAUUUUUAAUAAAGUAGUGUAUGCAGAGGAAAAGUCUAAUGAGUAAGAAUUCUUAAAAAUUCUAUUUUAAUAAACUUCAGCCUUGUUCUAGAAUAAAACUCCUAUAAUCUCUACUAGAGACCCAUCUUAGGAAAAAAAAUGCCAACAUCAAAUUCUCUUACAUUGUUAUAAAGCUCUAUCCUAUCUAUUAAAGUAAAGCCAACACCUUAAUCUAUUUAUAAAUUAUGAUGGCAUCAAGUACAGUUAAAAUAUCAAGUUUGCCAUCUGAAAAUAAAUCAAAGUCUAUCAAACUAAAUUUAUAUUUGAAAGGAUCAUCAACUUUCGAUAGUGUUCCGAUAUCACUCACUGCCAAUUAAUGA